GCUCAUGGGAAUAUGCAAUGAGGGUGCAACACAAUAUAUCUCACAUGCAGCAGCUGUUCAACGGCUUCCAGGACAGGCGAGAAAGUCCCCUCCAUUGACCGAGUGUUCCUCGAAAUGGUAGUGGAGUGCGGGGCAUCUCGAUGUUUGACAGCUGCUGGGUGCCCCCCGCCAGUCGGCAACUCGGAGAUCUGUCGACGGCCUGCCCCUCCUUCCCGAGCUUCGGCAUCCGCAGAGAAAAUCAACAGCGCGCCGGUUGGCUGGAGACGACGAUGCGACGAUGCCACUAGAUGGCUAGCGCGGGGCUGUCAUUUGUCAACCUUUUGACUGGACCACUGCUGAUAAGCCCUGUUAUCGCGCCGCUAUUCCUCGAUGUGGUGGUUGAACGACAUGGCGGGGUUGAAUGCCCGCGCGCCCACCCCUCCAGAACUCCUUAUCAUACCAAGACUCUGAUUGACAAAUCAGGCGUUUGCAAUUCUUAUCAAUCAUCAUGGGACGACAGCGGCCGAAGCCGGGCAGGCAAGGAAUGCGGGCAGCACGCCGUGGUGAUGAAGAUGGACAGAUGGGAGGCAAGAGAAAAGGGCUAUAUCUAAGACUGUCCCUCGUCUCACCAGGAAGUUGAGAUCUCGAUAUCGACAUAGCAACUCGAACACUUCUUCUUUCCUUAGUCUCGAAACAACCUUCACAAUGGGCUCCAUCGUCGCUAACCUCCCUCACCCCUUCGACCCUCUCUCUCUGGCCGAGAUUGAGACGGCCAUCAACAUCGUCAAGAAGGCUCACGGCCAAGUCUUCUUCAAUGUCGUCUCUCUCCAGGAGCCUCGCAAGGCUGAGAUGACAGCAUGGCUCGCCAACCCCGAGACCGCCCCCCGCCCAAAGCGUUUUGCUGAUGUUGUGGUGAUCGCUCCCGGUGGAAAGGUCUACGAUGGUCUCGUUGAUCUUGCUGAGGCCAAGAUCACCAAGUGGGAUCUGUUGGAUGGAGAGCAGCCUAUUAUCACCAUGGAGGAGCUCCAGCUGGUAGAGCACGUCGUCCGCAAGGACCCCAAGGUCAUUGAACAGUGCAUCAUCAGCGGUGUUGCCCCAGAGGACAUGCACAAGGUCUAUUGCGACCCAUGGACCAUUGGCUACGAUGAGCGGUUUGGCAACAAGGUGCGGUUGCAACAGGCACUCAUGUACUACCGUCCAGACAUCGACAACUGCCAGUACCAGUACCCUCUUGACUUCUGCCCUAUCUACGAUGCCGACAAGGGUGAGAUCAUUGCCAUCGAUAUCCCCAAGGUCCGCCGCCCACUCAGCAAGGCCCCGCCUAUGGACUAUCAUCCUGCUGCGGUGGAGGCCCGUGGUGGUUACCGCACCGAUCUGAAGCCCAUCAACAUCACCCAGCCGGAAGGUGUUUCGUUCAAGCUUACCGGCAGGGAGAUUGAGUGGCAAAACUGGAAGUUCCACAUCGGCUUCAACUACAGAGAAGGCAUCGUGCUCAACAACAUCACCUUCAACGACAAGGGCACCGUCCGCCCCAUCUUCUACAGACUUUCUCUCGCCGAAAUGGUCGUCCCAUACGGUAACCCCGAGGCCCCCCACCACCGCAAGCACGCUCUUGACCAGGGUGAGUAUGGUGCUGGCUACAUGACCAACAGCCUGUCCCUUGGUUGCGACUGCAAGGGCUCCAUUCACUACAUGGAUGCCGAGUUUCCCACCCGUGAUGGUGGUCUUCGCACCAUCAAGAAUGCCAUCUGCAUUCACGAGGAGGAUGCCGGCAUCCUCUUCAAGCAUAGCGACUUCCGUGACGAUUCCGUCAUCGUCACCCGUGGCCGCAAGCUGAUCAUCCAGCAAAUCUUCACCGCCGCCAACUACGAGUACGUCGUCGCCUGGGUGUUCCACCAGGAUGGCACCAUUGCCCCUGAGAUCAAGCUCACCGGUAUCUUGAACACCUACGCUAUGCUCGAGGACGAGGACACCAAGGGCUGGGGCACUCAAGUCUACCCCGGCGUCAACGCCCACAACCACCAGCAUCUCUUCUGCCUCCGCAUCGACGCCAACAUCGACGGUCCCAACAACACCGUCUUCGUCAACGACGCCGUCCCCAGCGAGGCCCCCGUCGGCAGCCCCGAGAACUUUUACGGCAACGGUUUCUACAACAAGCGCACCAAGCUCGUGACCGAGGGCGAGGCCAUGACGGACUACAACGGCGCCACCUCCCGCACCUGGGAGAUCGCCAACACCAACAAGCUCAACCCCUACAGCAAGAAGCCCGUCAGCUACAAGUUGGUCAGCAGAGAGGUCCCCGGCCUCAUGCCUAAGGAAGGCUCCCUGGUCUGGAAGCGCGCCGCCUUUGCCAGACAUGCCAUCCACGUCACCAAGUACCGCGACGACGAGCUCUGGCCCGCUGGAAAACACGUCCCCCAGACCUCUGGCGAGCCAUCCCGUGGCAUCACCGAGUGGAUUGGUGACGGCACCACCUCCAUCGACAACACCGACAUUGUCCUCUGGCACACCUUUGGCGUGACCCACUUCCCGUCCCCCGAGGACUUCCCCGUCAUGCCUGCCGAGCCGAUGAUGCUUCUCCUCCGCCCUCGAAACUUCUUCGCCGGCAACCCGGUGAUGGAUGUUCCUCCCAGCUAUGCCAGCACGCCGAGCCAGAUUCUCACCGGCAAGCAGGGUGUUUUGGACGCUACUGACAAGCUUAGUACUCUUGCUUUUGCCAACGGCAACGGCGCCAACUGCUGCAAGAGCAAUGGUUUCAAUGGCACUCACUAGGUUGACAAUCGGGAUAAUGAUGGCAUGAUAUGGAAAGCAUUCUUUGGAUGAGGAGUUGUUUGUGUAUUCUUCUGGCUUUUGUUCUUGGAUACCUUGGUUAUUUUUGUAUUUUUAGUUUUCCCUUUUGGAUACCUGUAUAAGACAAGUAUUAUUCACAUUCUUUGAGGCACCUUGGACUCCGUGGACGAUGUGGUAUUCCUAAUAUUGCAAAAGCC